ACCCUCAGUUUCGGAUGUGACUUAGUUGAGCUGGUAGAAACAAGUUAGUAUCUAUCACUUAUGUAGUAGGGAAAUAGCAUAUUCCGUUCAGGGUCUGGAGAUCAACUACCGGGCUGGGGUUUCUGGGGCACGUGAGGACUCAAGGCCCCUGGAAGAGCUGGUCCGGGGGACCGAAUUUCCUGUGUCUUCUCAGAGCAGAUCAUGACUACACUCCUGCAGCUGCUGCUGGGCCUCAGUCUGGGCUGCACCGGAGCAGGUGGCUUUGUGGCCCAUGUGGAAAGCACUUGUCUGCUGGAUGAUGAUGGGACUCCACUGGACUUCACAUAUUGUGUCUCCUUCAACAAGGAUUUGCUGACCUGCUGGGAUCCAAAGGAGAGAGCAAUGGCCCCUUGUGAAUUUGGGGUGCUGUAUCAGUUGGCCGUUCAACUCUCAACUCACCUCAACAUGCAAGAAAACCUCCUCCAGCGCUUGUCUGAGGGGCUCCAGGACUGUGCCACACACACAAAGCCCUUUUGGGGAUCACUGACCCGAAGGACACGGCCGCCAUCUGUGCAAGUAGCCAAGGCCACUCCGUUUAACACCAGGGAGCCCGUGAUGCUGGCCUGCUACGUGUGGGGCUUCUACCCAGCGGAGGUGACCAUCACAUGGAAGAAGAAUGGGCAGCUUGUACCCCCUCAUGGCCAUGCCCAUAAGAUUGCCCAGCCCAAUGGAGACUGGACAUACCAGACCCUCUCCUAUUUAGCCACAACCCCCUCUUUCGGGGACACCUACACCUGUGUGGUGGAGCACGCGGGGGCUCCUGAGCCCAUCCUUCAGGACUGGACACCUGGACUGUCUCCGGUACAGAUAGUGAAGGUUUCUGUGUCUGCAGCGACUCUGGGCCUGGGCCUCAUCAUCUUCUCCCUUGGUUUGCUCAGCUGGCGGAGAGCUGGCUCCUCGGGCUACACCGCUCUCCCUGGGUCCAACUAUCCAGAAGGUCGGCACAUUUCCUAGAGGCAGGAUUCUACAACUUCCACUCCAAGUGCUCUGCACCCCUCCAACAUCCUCAAAACCUCCAACUUUUCUGGAACUCCAUGGUUUCACCAUCCAAUCCUUUGAGUUUCCCAGUGUCCUCCCUAUGUAACCUCAGCAACUUGGGGGAACUUAUUUCGGGAAUAUUCUGUAACGAAGUUAUUGUCCAAGGCCAUACUUCUGGGGUGAAUAUAAUCGGGGGAGGGAGGCUAAAGGCCCCCUGGGGCCGCUGUGACACGGACGGCAGUGCGGCGCUGGUGAUUCCUCUGAGGAAUAAAUUCUGGUGGACGUA